CAUCACUUUGUAGAUAGAAUGAUAUUAUUUUAAAAAUGUAACACGAAUUAAAGUUUUAUUUUAACUAUAAAACACGAUACAUUCGAACGACGCGACGCAACGUUGCAAAUUCUUUGCAGAAAAGAAAUGGUAGUAUGUGGAAUUGUACCCAGGCCUUGAUCUAAUUUCAUCCAAUUGCCUGGCCCAUUGGCUUUCCGAGGAAAGUGAUUCAGGAAGGAGCGGAACGAUGAGAAAGGGAGGACAAGGACUGCUUAGGGUGCAAAAACAAGUUUUAAAAACCCACCAAACCUGUAUAGCACUUAAUUUCUAUUCUUUGACGAAGGGCCGUGAGAGGAAGUAUGCACCUUAGAACUUAUUGAAUAUGCAAGCGCAAUCGUACCGCAACACUCGUCGACCAAUUUUUAAAUAAGCAAAAUAUAUUCUAUAAUUAAGCGUUAGAGGAGAAGGUGCGAAUAUGAGGAGGCGAAAAUCGUCUGCCAGACUCGUCAGUGAGAACAAACUCAAUCCCGCUACCACCUAAAGGUCGCCGACCCGAGCUGUGGGUGCCCGCGGAUUGCAAAGGCGAAUUGUGAAUUUAAUGCCUAGUUUAGAUCAGUGAACGGAUGUAUCGGUCUUAGAUCAUUAGGGGAUCAUGGAGUGGUUACGAAUUUUGCUUGUCUUCGGUUCCGCCGUUUUCGUCUUAGCGCAUGUUUCGAUGGAUGAUUAUUUGGAUGAGAGAUUGAAGCAGACGAAAAUUGAAAUAGCUAAACUCUACUUUCGUAAUGAACCAUCAGUCCAAAGAAAGGUGUAUAAUGUAAAAUGGGACAAAUCGUGGCAGCAGGAUAUCGGUAAAAAACGGCCAUUUACAGUGAACGCAUUCAACAAAGUUCUCCUGAUCGAAGAGAAUUAUGUCCUUACAUUGUCUUUCGAUGAACCUCCGUCGAAUCAAACUUUACCUCAAGAAAUAACUUCAACUCGUAACGAUAAAUCUAUAACAUUUGUCAGAAGCAUCGUCUGGAAGAGCGUGCUUUAUCUCUUAAUUUGCUACGAAACUGGAUCAUGCAGCUUGUACACGGGAACGGAUAAUCUGCAGCUAACAAUAAGACAUCGACAGUCGAUUCAGCAUAAAGGAUACCCCAUGGAUGCUAGCUUCUUCGUUCGCGCGAAUCGUCUUUAUCUCGUGGUGGCUAAUAAUUCUGGCAAAUUUGCUGUGCCCUCUUUAAUAUAUCACUGGAGAGGCACGUACAUGGACGUAGAGGUGGAAGUAAUAACCAUUGCCGCGGUAUCGGUCACCACGUUCAAGCACAAGCAAUCGACGAUCUUAGUAUUCGCACAGAACGACAUGACUGUACCCGAUAUUGGUUCCAUGGUGUACGAAUUUAAAGAAAUCAGCCUCGAUAGAAUACAAUUCCUGUCGACUUUAAAUCCAGUCUCUGUUCAUCAUUAUAAUCAUGCUGGUUUCGAUUUCAUUUUCUUCAUGAAUGGACGAAGUCCAAGUAGCUUGUUCUGGUGGGACGGACACGAACUGUUGAACUGGGAGCAAAUACUGGAAAUCAAGGCAUCCAGUUUGUUCCAUGUUUUGAACAUCAAAGAUGAUACUUUCUUUUUCGUGGGUCAUAAUAACACGUUACAAUUAUACAAAUUUGAAAAUGCAUCGGAUCGCAAUCUGCUGAGCUCCAUGAAGCUACCCAAUGAAAAGAAAAUCAUCGACGUACAAAUUCAAGCGAAGAAAUCCACGAUAACCAUGAUGCUGGUCAUCAUGAAUGAAGAUAACACUUAUGUCAUAGAAUCAUGGGAGUUACGCGUAGAAGAAAUUCCUUCAGAUUAUUCGAUAAAGGAGAGCGACAUACUGUCGGAACAUUUGGCAGAGUUGGUUGAAACAUUGCAACAAAGAACGCUGCUUAUAGAAAAAGCUGAAUCCUCCUGGCCUUCUUUAUUUCCAGCGGACAAAGAUUUAACAAUAACAGAACCACUGAUCUUACCAUCAUUUAAGCUUGAUUUUGGAACUGUAGAAAACAUCGACGUCUUCGCUGCAGAAGACGUAAUUACACCUGAUGAACUUCGGAAAAAAUUAGAUAUUCUUAUUCGCGAUGUUAAUGAUACUUUAACAACGUCGAAAAAUCUUUUGAUAUCAAACAACACGAAUCUGUUAAACGAAGAUAUCCUCGUCGAUGGUGAUGCAUUUAUUGGAUCCCUGCAAAUUGAUAAGAUGAAUGUAGAUCAUUUAAACGGGUUUGAUAUGAAUUCGAAGGAUAUCGUUAAUUCGAAUAAAACUCAGGAAUCUUUGCGCGGAAAGAAUAUCGUUGUAGAUAACGUCGAAAUUGACAGUAUUUGCGGGAUUCCAUUUCAAUAUUGGGCAUUAAAUGAUGGCACGUCAAAAACGGUGUUAGAUAGAGCACCGAAUAACAUUGAAUUUUCAAAUGAUACAAUGUUCUUAUAUUCGAACGUCUCAAUGGAAAGCUUGAACUUGAAAACAUUGAAUGAUAUUGAUAUCGAUGAAUUUUUCAGCGAGUUAUUUGUUAUUAAUAAAAAUCAGAAGAUCAAAGGGAAUGUUAUCUACAACGAUGUGUUACAAAUUCAGAAUCUUACGACGGAAACGUUGAAUGGAGAACCAUUUGAGAAUUACAUGACUACAAGCACCGAUCAACAUUUCGAUUCUUUCAUAAUAAAAUCACUAAAGGUGGACGAUUUGUACGCGGAUUCGAUAAACGACGUUCCAGUUUCAGAAGCAGCUCGAAUUUCCACCGAAGCUGUAAUCAAAGGUGUAGUGAAAAUUGCGAGGCUACAAAUCACCGACAAACUGACCGCAGAUUUACCCUCUGAAUUAACAAAAUCUCAGCCACAUCAAAUUUACUCCAACGUUACCGUUUAUGGUAACGUGAACAUUGGAACUCUGGACAUGGACAAAUAUGCAGUAAUAUUUUUAAACAACGAAAAAUUAAACCUGAACAACAUCUUCGAAACAUUCUGGACGAAAUCAACUGAUCAAACCUUUGAAAACAGCGUCACAUUUGAGAAUAAUUUGAUCAUCGAUCGUUUGCAGACCAAGUAUUUAAAUGGAUUCUUAGAGAAUGAAUUUUUCUACACGAAUGCAACAACUAUUCCAGAGAGUUUCAAAAGUCUACAUUUUGAAAAUGUUCAUAUAGACGACAUGUUCUUCACAAAAGAAGAAAAUAACAAUUUCUUUGAUAUUGCCCCUGAAUCAUUAACUAUCCAGGAUAAAUUAUAUCUGAAACACUUGCAUACAAAUCAACUGUUCACUCAAGUUUACAAUAAUCUUUCUGUAACUGAUAUAUUGAACGGGAAACCGUCUGUGUUUCCUGAAAAUAUGCAUUUUUCUACCGUCCGAGCGAAACGGGUCAACAUACUACAGGGGCUUGAGUUACUUUUUCUCAACGACACGGACACCGUUGCCUUCUUAGGAGGUGCAAGGAGCUCUGAGGGUGAUCAGAAAGAAAAAUUUAUAAAGACACUGGAAUUUCAUGUUGAAAAUCUUAACGUUGAUAGAAUUAAUGAUAUUGAUAUGAAGAAACUUUUGUCAUUGAAAAACAUGAAGAUUUCUGAUUUAAGAAACUUGAUAAUAGAUGGUGAUCUUACGGUGAAAGGUGAUUUAAAAAUUGAUCGAAUACACGACGAAUCAGCAGCAACUUAUCUGCGAAACAUGCUUACAAAAGACAUCGUGUUUUAUAGAAAUUUAACAAUCGAUGAGUUGAUUGUGCAGAAUGCUACAUUGGAAUUUUUGAACGGUAUCAAUUUAAAUAAUCUUUUCGAUGAUAUUCUGUUAAAAUCCAAAAAACAAGUUGUACCUGGGAAAUUCUCUUUCUACAAGAUCGCUACAAAGAAUAUUAAUAGUAAAUUUAUUAAUGAUAAAGACACUUCUGAAUUGAAGUGGAUCGACGAUCCUUUGUUUUUAGUAGGAAACGUCGCGUUUGAAAAUUUGUUCGUAGAAGGAGAUGUUGUGACGAAGAUAUUAAAUGGUCGUGAUGUUAAUGAGCUGUACAACAACCUGUUGAACCUAUCAGUUAUAAGCAUCAACAACUUGCAAGUACAUGGAAAUAUUACUUGGAGCAACUCGUCCAUGAACCCUUCUUCUUUGACGUUCUUCUUGAAAAAUGCAAUGACUAAAACUUCUAAUCAAUCUAUAUUAGGAGAUAUCGUUUUCGAAAAUGAUGUAUCAGCGUCAAAAGUAAAAGGAGAGUAUAAAGCAUUCGAUGAAAUACGCGACAUCGUGGCAGACACAGUGAUAGAUGAUGGAGACAUUAUUCGAGUAGCUGGGCAGAAGGUUUUUAAACAGAACCUUAUUACCGAUAGUUUGCUAGUAACAGAUGACGUCAGUAUUCCCAUGAUUAACAACAUCAGUAUUUUGAAAUUUAAUAAUUCUGUGGUGAAGAAGGAUCAGAAUGAAACGAUAACCAUGCCCAUAAAUUUCCUUCACGAGGUCACGAUUAAAGAAGUACUUACUAAUGACACAAAGGUUCAUGAUGCACCUUUGGAAGGAUUAGUCUUAGCGACGGAUAUGUUACCCAGGGUUACGUUCAAAAGUCUUGUUGUACUUAAGGACGUAUAUUUGAAGAAUCUAGAUGGAGUAUAUUUUGAUAAGUUCAUGAAGAAUCGUAUAACUACCGAUGGAGAUCAUGACAUAUUUGUUGAUGUGCAGUUCAAUAGCACCGUUGAAAUAACUGGAAAUACAAAUGUGACGCGAAUAAAUGGAAUAAAUCCUUCCAACCUGGUCCUCGAUGGAAUGGAGGAAGCACAACUUAUAUCCAAUUCAAAAAUCUUUGAGGAAGAUGUCGUGGUGCAUGGUAACAUUUAUACAAAAUCUAUCAAUAAUGUGGAUAUAUCCUUGGCUUAUUCGAAUGGCAUACAAACCGACCAAGACGUUGAAAUAACUGGAGAUUUAAUUUUAAAGUCCCCUGUUAAAGUUCCACAAAACGUGUUCGUUUCAAAAUUAAUAAACGGGAUUAAUUUAUAUACCGUUCUCGAUGAUGUGGAAGAAGACAGCCGGAAAAGCUUGCAAAUGUUCACGCGAAAUGAAACUAUAAGAGAAGAGAGCAUUCGAGACUCUACACUGAUCACUUCAACUCUGAGAAACAUUUUCUCGUACAUAGAGGAAGAGGAACGGUUGAAAAUUCAAGUACCAAACAUUAAGAAAAUUGACGUUAUUAAUUACGAAGAAAUAACGAAAAUUAAUAUGUUCGGAGAGAAAGAAGGAUCCGCUUGUGGACUCCCUGACGAUUGCCCCUGUCCCACGGAAUACAUAGCUGAACUUACUAAAGAAGACUGUCGUAUUCGAAAAAUGAAUGAUACUAGAAUUGUACGAAAUUAUCACGAACGGAAUAACAUAUUUGGUGUAAACAUAAUAACGAAUGCAAUAUCAAGUAGUCGAGAGUGUGUUUCAAACAGAAGCGAGGAUGAAUUCGUCACGAUUUCGUGGAUGAAGUCUGGCUUGGUUGAAACGGGAGAUGUCGUAGCUAAGGUUACAGAAAUAUCUCCUCAGAUUCAUGGACUGAUAAAAGAUGCAGAGGUUUUCAUGGCACACGAUAAUACAGCUUUUGUAGUGCUAGCAAUCUAUUAUAAUACCCUGCUCGCCACGCAUCGUACAAAUUCCCUGAUCUAUAAAAUUGAUUUCGAGAAGAAUGUUCUGUUACUGCACCAAGAACUAUACACUGAUGGUGCCUGGGCUAUCGAAAUUUUUCGAAUAGAUCAUCAUACGUAUGUACUUUUGGGUUGCUUUGGAGAUUCUGAAACGUCUGUUCUAUAUAAAUUAGACGCACCUACUUACGAAUUUAUAAUGGUGAGAGCAUUCGGAGGUAAAACACGCAACGUAAAAAGUCUACAUCAAGAAAAGGAUCACUUCAUUUUAUUGGACGAGUACGAUACGAAUGCGUUAAACAUCUUUCACUAUGAUUCAGAAUUUGAUAACUUUUACGAUUAUCAAAGUCUCUUUCACGAUUCGCGGGUUGAAGGAAUAGAAUGUUUCUACUCGGAUGAAUAUGGUCAAAGUGAUUCUUUCGUUAUCGUCACAACAGAAAACGAUCAGUUAUAUAUUUACGAGUACAUGUUUGCUCAAAAGUUUCAAAUGAAAGUAUAUCAUCAAAUGGAUGAUUUACAAAUGAUGGUACCGUUUGAUUAUUUAGGAAAUUAUUAUGUUUUUGCUGGUACAAGUAAAAACAGCACCAUAUUGAGAAUUAUACAACAGGGACCGCAUUAAAAUUCCAAUAAGAUAUUUAUCUGUUCAUCAGAUAAGGCAUAUUCUACUUUUCUGUUAGGAAUUAGUAUUUGUUGUUACAAGAUGGAUUAACUCAUAUUUUAUUUAUUUGUUUUUUAUUGCACAUACAAAAAGAAAAUGACUUUCUCUCGAUCGAAUGUUUAUUUGUAAAGCAAUAUAAUACAUACAUAUAUUAUGCAUAAAAUCGUACAAAUCAAGUUGAAACGUAUGUAUUGAUACUAUAAAACUGUACUCAGAAAGUGAAUCAUUAAUUAUAUUUAUUGCAUUCAAGUUAUAACUAAUAAAUAAUAGUUCCAUAAAUAAA